AAAAUGAGGACAUUGGAAGAAUCGGCCGCAAGUAUCUCGGUUUUGCCGGAAGGAUGUGUGUUAGAUAUACUAUCACGAACAUCACCUGCUGAUGCAUGCCGAGCAGCGGCUGUCUCUAAAUCAUUCAAUUCUGCCGCAGAAUCUAACGUCAUUUGGGAUAAGUUUCUUCCUUUGGAUCACCAUGAAAUCAUUGUGAGGGCUGUUUCUAAUGUGGUUUUUGAUUCUAAAAAGCGACUUUACUCUCUAUUAUCGUAUUCUUAUCUCCUCCUUGAUCGUGGCACUUUGGGCUUUAAGCUAGACAAGGAGAGUGGAAAAAAGUGCUAUAUGUUGUCGGCAAGGGACCUAUCAAUUGCUUGGCAAAAUGACACUCGUUACUGGGAAUGGGGACGUAUACCCGAAUCAAGGUUUGAGGAGGUGGGCAUACUUAGAGAAGUAUGGUGGCUUGAUAUCAAAGGUAAAAUGGCAACUGCAUUUUUGUCCCCAAAGACUACAUAUGUAGCAUAUCUUGUAUUUCGAAUUAGUAGAAGGCCAAUUGGACUUGAUGUGCCUGCAAAAUCAAUUGUCACUUUUGGUGGAAUGAGAAAUGAGACUUCCAAUGUUUACCUUCAACCACCGCCGGUUACAACAACACAGACACAAGUAUCUCAUACCACGAGAAAGGAUGGGUGGAUGGAAAUCGUGUUGGGUGAAUUUUACUGCGAUGAUGGCGAUGAAGGUGAAGUAGAGAUGGUGUUUAAGGAACAUCAUAGAUGGAAAUCUGGUCUUAUUGUGGAGGGUAUAGAGGUUCGUCCUAAAUGAAAGGCCAUGGACAAAUGAGGGGUUUGUAAAAUGUGGACAACUAUAUAUGUUUUAUUUGUCACCGUAUCAUUUUACUUUUCUAUUAUAAAUAAUUUAAUAUUGUAAUAUGUCAGACUUCAUUUAUAAGUCAUUUCUCUUUUAAAA